AGGCUGGAUCGAGCCGCUCCUUGAGCCCAUCCACAACGACACCAGGACCGUCACCUUCCCCACCAUAGAAUACAUCAACCCGCGAUCGUUCUCCGUGGGGAUGAGCAAAGCGGCGAGGUUGGUUGGUGGGCUGACCUUGAACUCCUUGACCUUUAACUGGCUCUACGACCGAAAGUUGAAUGGAACAUUUCAGGGUAACAAUUGGCCGUAAGUUGAUAGCUCCCAUACCACCCAAAUAGAUUUCUUCAUGUAAGUUGAUAGCUUGCUUAUCGCCCAAGUGGAUUUCUUCAUGUAAGUUGAUAGCUUCCUUAUCACCCAAGUGGAUUUCUUCAUGUAAGUUGAUAGCUUCCUUAUCACCCAAAAGGAUUUCUUCAUGUAAGUUGAUAGCUUCCUCUACCCUCCAAAUUGGUUUCUUUAUGUGUUGACAAAAGGAAAGACCACGCUAUACUUGAUUUGUUGUUUUUUAUUUUUUUUAUUUUUUUAGCAUUUUAAUCAUUUAUAGCAGGCCUGCACAACAUACGGCCCGCGGGCCAGCACCCCCUUUGUGGCCCGCGAGGUAACGAAAAUUUCUUUAUUCUUAUUAUUUUCUUAAUAGCUUUCCCCCUGACCUAUUUUCUUUUGACCCGCACAAGUUUUUCAUAAUGUAUUACUCCCCGCCUUACAUUUUGAGUUGUGCAGGCCUGAUUUAUAGGGAGAAAAAAAGAGAAAAAGAGUUCGCUCUUAUACAUCUUUGAUAACAGAACUGAGUUAUUUUUAACAUGCUCAGCUCUUUUGAUUACAUAACAUAAAAAAAGAGUUUAAAAGAAAAUACAUUUACUACACAUUCGCAUGGAGGAGACGUUAAUCCAUCAUUAAUUUCGCCAUCCUAUUAAACCGUUGGCUAGUUUUAUAGUCUUGACACAAUAUCCUAGGGUCAGCGUUUCUUAAACCGUGAACGAUAUAGAGCAGUAAAUGGUACAGUAGUUAGUUUCAGAAGUACAGAUCAAUGUAGCAACACAAACUUUUACAGAAAAAAAAACUUUUGUUUACAGACUGCAGGCUGCUGCAAAAGCCCGACUUAUCAAAAUACACACCGCAGUUUCAUUACAUUUAUGACCAUAUUUUUAAGGGGGUACACUGGGUGCACCAUUUCAAAAAAAAAGCUUUAGAACCAUUGUUCGAGGUCUUUGUCCGGAUCACUGACCCUUGGACGGACCCUACUUGGGACUGUGGGGCUCUAAAGCUAACGAUAAAACCAUCUCCAUGGCAACCCGUAUCAACAUAACCAUCUCCAUGCUCCUCACGUCCGCAGGUCACCCACAAUGCCCGGAGGUCUCUACGCCGUGUCACGUGACUGGUUCGCCAAGUUGGGCAAAUACGACGACGGCCUUGACUUCUGGGGAGGAGAAAAUCUGGAAAUGUCUUUCAAGGUCAUGAAUGACCUGUUCAUUUUUUUUUUUUAAUGAUUGUAUUCAAAAUUUGAUAUUUUGUCAAAUUUGUGUUUUUAAAAUAAAAUAAUAAACAGGAGUCUGUCACAAACUUGAGCGAAAGAUUGUACCCUCAAGACUUGGUGACAUGUUAUUUCUAUAGCUCGAUAAAGUUCUGGAAAUUGUUCGGUGCCGGUUGUUCUGAAGUUCACGGCCACAAAAUUAAAUCAUUAUAUAUUAGGGGGAAUUAAAAUAAAGCAUUUUGUACGGUUACAAUUUAAGUGGUCUCAUCUAAUUAACAGCUAAACUCUUUAAAUUGUGUGUAGUAAUUAUAAAAUAUUACUUUAUAAAUUUGAGAACCAUCGGACCAGCAUCGAAACCGAAAAAAAUAGAGAGAGAAGUCACGAAAAACGUAGAAUAUUACGAAUAUUUAGUGUUAGUGAAUAUACGUUUGAAAAGACAUAAUCUUUACUUAUAAUUAAAGACCUCACAAACGGUCCACACUCUUUCAGACGUGGAUGUGUGGUGGAUCCAUUCUGCUCAUCUCCUGCUCGCACGUGGGUCACAUAUUCCGCACCAAGAACCCGACCCUGGUCGGGAUCAACCUCAACUACAAGAACGCCGUGAGGGUGGCCGAAGUGUGGAUGGACCAGUACAAGCACUUCUUCUACGAGAGACUGGCCUACAACCUUGUACGUAAGCAUGGAUUGGUAGAUUGUCUACGAGCUUGCUGGUAGUCCGUCUUCUUUCUCGAAGAUUUUUUUUUUACUUUGUGUGUAGCCACGUCGUCUUUCAUCAGCUUUGAGUUGUUUUGCCUUUUAUAUUGUUGGGUUGUUGUUGUUGUUGUUGUUAAUGUUGUUUUGACGAAUCACAGCACGUGCAACCAGACGACUGCGUCUCUUUGUGUCACGUGAUGUUUCUCAACAAACUGUAGGCGCAACAAUGAAGCCGGAUUACCAUAGCGAUCGACAGGCCAUCAAAUAAGCAUUGUGUUUUGACUUCAAUGUAAUACUUAGAGGUAAAAACAGACAUGAGUUGGAACUUGUGACCUUUCAGUGUGAUCCUAAAGGAGAAACGUUCGUAAAAUAAAAAAAAUAUAUCCUCGAUGCCCAUCUGUUCUGGUUCGUAAUGUGAUUGAUAGACAUUAAAACGAUCACGCACGUGCCAAUUACCGGUAACAUUGAGCCAGGCAUUGAGCGUAUUUAUUGAUGCAAUGAAUUUAAUAUCCGCUUGAUGCACGACUUGUCGAUAUUUCAAUAGUAACUGAGACCAAUUCAUAAAGAGGCCGCUAGAGCAUAUUAUAUGUCAAUGACAACCUCAUAAAGAGGCAUAUGUCACCCAUAGAGGAGACCGAACUGAUCUCUCUGCACCAGUCGCGUGUGACCUCUGGCGACAAUUAUUUUACAUCGUGAGGCUUCGCUUUUAUUGCUAAAUAUGGAAGUGAAAGUUGAAGUGAAUGUUGAGGUCAUAGUUGAAGUGAAGGUUGAAGUGAAGGUUGAAGUGAAGGUUGAAGUGAAGGUUGAAGUGAAGGUUGAAGUGAAGGUUGAAGUGAAGGUUGAAGUGAAGGUUGAAGUGAAGGUUGAAGUGAAGGUUGAAGUGAUAGUUGAAGUGAAGGUUGAAGUGCAUGUUGAAGUGAAGUUUGAGAUGAAGGUUGAGUUGAUAGUGGAAGUGAAGGUUGAAGUGAAGGUUGAAGUGAUAGUUGAAGUGAAGGUUGAAGAAAAGGGUGAAGUGAAGGUUGACAUGAAGUUUGAGGUGAAGGUUGGGUUGAUAGCUGAAGUGAAGGUUAAAGUGAAGUUUGAAGUGAAGAUGAAGUGAAUGUUGAGGUGAUAGUCGAAGUAAAGGCUGGAAGUGAACGUUGAAGUGAAGGUUGAAGUGAAGGCUGAAGUGAAGGCUGAAGUGAAGUUGCGGUGAAGGUUGAGAUGAUAGUUGAGGUGAUAUUUGAAGUGAAGGUUGAAAUGAAGGUUGAAGUGAUAGUUUAAGUUAAGUUUAAGUUAAGGUUAAAGUAAAGGUUGAAGAGGUUAAAGAUGUGUGUGGCGGCUAAAAAAAACCAGAUACAAUCAAUACAUCUGCUGGAUGUUGAGGACAUAUGUAUUAAAAAGCUUUAGAACAAACGAGGCUAUUGCUCUUAUUUUCAUAUUUUCUUGACAAAAUGAAAACGUAUCAAACUAGAAAUAACCACCGAACAAUGGCGGAGGCAAUGCGUGAAUUUUCCAUCUCCUAAAGUUACUUGACAAAACAUGCAUUGAAGUAAUGCACUUUAUAAGCAUCCCAAUCAGUACUAACUUCUUAGAAUUUUAUUUAGCGCGCCACUAUUGAACACAGCUUGACAGCCACACAUACGUGCCAAGAGAAAAAUGUAUAAAAUAAGGUGACCACUAUCAAUGUACAUGAAAAAUAGGAAUGCAAUUUGAACUGUCACACAGAUAUUACAGAGAAAAUAAGCAUUUAUUGCAGAUCAAACCAUUUUAGUGGUUCUAGUGUUAUAUGGAGAGGUCUCUGUUCAGGUUGUAGCAAACAAAAAAAUAUUCACUUUUUCGCAUUGUCUUUCUUCAGGUGUUUCGCUACAUGGUGUAUAUUUCUUACUUACUAAUUCGUGUGUGUUUUAUUAUUAUAUGACUCGAGAAGGGUGUGUUGGGGGGGGGGGCCUGGUGUUUGUGUGAAGAUUAGAAAACCCUUCUAUAAUUUGAAAAAAUAUGUACGCACAAGCAAGAUGUCCACUUUAAAAAUAAGAGCAUCGUUCUUAAAUUUUAAACCACAACAAGCUAUUGCCUCUUACCAUCUCUGCUCUCUCUUUCAUCGCUGGCACUCCAUCGUGCCAAAUGGUGCGAACCGUGGAAUUUAAACUGGACAUAAUGCCAGACACUCUAACUUGUUCUGAGAAUAGUGUGAUUUGAUGUAAUACUUGAUUUUUGAAGAAAAAAAAGUGCUACUUUAGUUGUUUUUAAAGUGCUACUUUAGUUGUUGUUUUUUAAAGUGCUACUUUAGUUGUUGUUUUUUAAAGUGCUACUUUAGUUGGGUUUUUUUUAAGUGCUACUUAAGGUUUCUUUUUUUUAAGUUCUUUUAAAGUGAUAAAACGUGUUAACAUCACUAUUGUUGUGAGCUUUCAUUUCACUAUCAUGUAAUGUAAUACCUUCUGACAUCGAUACUCAAUGCACUGUCCCAAUAUUCGUGAGUUUAACUUUCGUAAUUGACUUCUGAGAAUUCGAAUUUAGAUGGGAUUUGGGUGCGCUCUAUUCCAGCCAAACUACGGUGACGUCAGCGACAGACGUCGUCUGAGAAAGUCCCUGGAGUGCCAAAGUUUCGCGUGGUACCUGAUGAACGUCUUCCCCGAACUUAAGCAGGAUAUGGACGUCACGAGCAUCUACUCUGGCGAGGUAGCCGAUGUGGUAUUCUUGUUACAUUUAGUACAGAACAAAACACACACAAAAACUACAGCAACAAAAGUAACACAAUAAUUGCUCACUAUCUUUGAAUAAAUUAAGUGCAAGCUCAAUUAAUUAUGGUGUACUAAAAUUAUGUUUUUCUUGUAUUUGCGUGUUACGUUUUUUAGAGAGUAUUUUUGUUAGUAACAGUGAUGCUGACACAUUUCAGUGACAGUGUGUCCUAAAUGACACGGUGAUAUAACAAUACCAGGUGUUUCAAAUACACUGAUUGCAUCCAAAUGAUUUUUUUUAUUGAUUUUUUUUUUAUAUAUUUAAAAAAAAAUGUAAUUGUUUGGAAAACACUUUCAUGACAUGUAAUACUUUAAUGACAGAAUCUAAUUGAGUUAUUUGUUAGUAAAGCCCAUGGGGCAAUUUCUCUGCGCCCAUUGUGGCAAGACUUUACUCCUCAAAACGUAUGUUUACAUUUAUAUAAUGUCACAGGCAGGAUGGCAUUCAGAAAUACAAAAAUCACCCAAAGUGUGUUACUUUGUGUUACCACCAAUGUUUAAUCGUCAUGAUACUUUAACAGCCCCCCACCCCCCAAAAAAAUUCCUUAUUUAUAAGUUCUACAAUGCUCUUAAACAGAUUCGGAGUCUUUCUGAAAACUUGUGCAUAGAUCGUCAGGAGGAGGGCCGUGUUGCGAUUGCGUCAUGUCGAGACACUUAUUUCCAGGUUGGUGACGUUGCCAAAUUUUCGAAUACUUCCAAAACUAUUGACUCUUAUUUGAUAAAUAUUCUUAUAAUUUGUCUGUCUUAUUUUAAAACUAGGCUUUAAUUAGUGUUAAAUGCCUUGUACGUGAAAUUUUCUAAUUUAUAGUCAUUUCAAUUUCUAAAAUUUGUUAAGGGUGAUUUUACCGUGGCAGAAGAUAAAAAAUUGACAGAAUUAUUUAAAUCAAAUAUCGUAAGAUAUUCGCACGUAGAUUUUUUAAACCUCUGAAAUGCCAAAUUUAAUAUUUACUUAUGUGUAUUUUACUUUCCACGUCAGUCUCAAAUUUUGAUUAAUAUUUUUUUUAAGACACAUUGCUAUAAAAUCUAUAAACUCCCCGAAUUCACUAAACUGAUCAAAAAUUUGUUGUCAUCGUUGCGUCAUCCCAGCAAUGGCAGCUGACCUCCCAGGGAAAACUCGUCUCAGGGGAGAGGGUCAUGGGGAUUAAAACAGAACUCUUCCGCGGUGUGGAGAAGAAAACGAUUGGCACAUUUCAUCUAGGACGAACAUUAGGAACUAUUGAUAUACUGUGGCGAUACGAUGAGGUCAGUAGUUUGUGUUUACCUACUACGAUCCUUUAAAUAUAAUCAUUGUGUAUCUGAUCAUUUAGGCUGGUGUCAAAAUACUGGGUUCAAGGUCGCAACCCCUCCAAAUAUUUCUGACACGGUUGUCUAAACUAGGGUGACCAAACGAUGAACUGGAAGAACCGGGACACACCCAAGGAGGGUUUGGGAGGGUGGGGGUACCUUUCAGCUAAAGAGGGGUCAGGGGGCCUCCGCCGGAAACUGUUUAUUGGAAUAUGCUCAUUUUAACAAUUAUGAGACCUAAAAAUUAUUUUAAAUUUACCUUCACUUUUGUAAUUUAAUUCAAACUCUGAGACAUAUCAUAAACGAAAACAAUAAUUUUGCAGUGAAUAUGGCAGGGACUCUGUCUUUUAAGCAGGGUGGGUCUUUGUAAAGUUGGUAUAGCUCUUGGUUUGUAAGGAUCCUCCAGACAUCAUUUUCUAUCACUGGGCCAUAUAUUCUUUGGGGAUUUUCCUCUCCGAUGUAUUGAGCAGGUUCUCUGCUUUUCUGGUAAGGUACCAAGUCUCACAAGCUUAAAUACUACUGGUCUUAUGAUAGUGGUGCAUAUUGUCUUCUUUGUUCCCCUUGAGAGGUUUUUGCUUCCCAGUAGCUUUCGUGGGCUGAAAUAGGAACAGUUGGCUGCUGUUAUCCUUUCUUUCACCUCCGACAUUAUUUCAUUGUGCUCGUUUAUAGUCGCCCCUAGACAUUUCAAUGUAACCACUCUCUCAAAUGUAUGGUUUUUUAUAUUGAUGUCGUCAUCAGCGUGUUUGUUUCGUGACAUUAUCAUAUAUUUUGUCUUCCCUUCAUUUAAAUCAAGACCAGCCUCGACUGAGGCAUUUUCAAGUUCCCACUCCAAGGACUAGGCCUGAACGAGCUUCCACUAGCCGCACAAUUCUGUCACACUGUACAUCAACUACUUGGCUAAUCCCAGGACUAGGCCUGAACUAGCUUCCACUAGCCGUACACUUCUGUCCACUGUACAUCAACUACUAGGCUAAUCCUAGGACUAGGCCUGAACUAGCUUCCACUAGCCGCACAAUUCUGUCCACUGUACAUCAACUACUUGGCUAAUCCCAGGACUAGGCCUGAACUAGCUUCCACUAGCCGCACAAUUCUGUCCACUGUACAUCAACUACUUGGCUAAUCCCAGGACUAGGCCUGAACUAGCUUCCACUAGCCGUACACUUCUGUCCACAGUACAUCAACUAUUUGGCUAAUCCCAGGACUAGGCCUGAAAUAAGCUUCCACUAGCCGUACACUUCUGUCCACAGUACAUCAACUACUAGGCUAAUCCCAGGACUAGGCCUGAACUAGCUUCCACUAGCCGUACACUUCUGUCCACUGUACAUCAACUACUAGGCUACGCCCAGGACUUGGCCUGAAAAAAAUGUGAGCUCUUGUGUACUGACUCUCAACUCAAAAUCAACUCCAAGUCAACCCACCCUCCUUCAAAACACUUCUUUAUAAUGCUUUCCCUUUCAACCACAUCCCUAUUAACUACAUCUCUAUCAACCACAUCACUAUUACCACAUCACUAUCAACCCCGUCAAUAUCAACCACAUCACCAUCAACCACAUCACUAUCAACCACAUCACUAUCAACCAGAUCACUAUUAACCACAUCACUAUCAACCAAAUCCCUAUCAACACAUCACCAUCAACCACAUCACUAUCAACACAUCACCAUCAACCACAUCACUAUCAACACAUCACUAUCAACACAUCACUAUCAACCACAUCACUAUCAACCACAUCACUAUCAACCACAUGAAUAUCAACCACAUCACUAUCAACCACAUAACUAUCAACCACAUAACUAUCAACCAUAUAACUAUCAACCACAUCGUUAUCAACCACAUCGCUAUCAACCACAUAACUAUCAACCACAAAACUAUCAACAACAUCACCAUCAACCACAUCGCUAUCAACCACAUCGCUAUCAACCACAUCGCUAUCAACCUCAUCGCUAUCAACCUCAUCGCUAUCAACUACAUCACUAUCAACCACAUCACUUACAUCCACAUCACUAUCAACCACAUCACUAUCAACCUCAUCGCUAUCAACUACAUCACUAUCAACCACGUCACGUACAACCACAUCACGUACAACCACAUCAAUAUCCUCAACACUCACAACGCACGGUGACAACCAUUUCAAACCAACUCAGGGAUUCUCAUACCCUUGACAGCUGCCCCAUCCUCCAUAUCCCUUAUCUGAUACACAUUUCCCUUUCUUGCCUUUGAAUCUCCCCCACCCCCCCUUUUCUGUACCUACUUACCUAGUUUGAAAUUCACCUCUAACUCAACCCCAAUACGCAUACAAUUAAAUCACAAACUCUUCCUCAACUGUCCUCCUUGCUCGCUGCUACCUCAGCCUCAAAUGUCUUCUUUGCUUGAUGCUACCUCUGCCUCAAAUGUCCUCCCGGCUCGUUGCUACAUCCUUAAACUUACCUCCUGGUCAAAUACAAGGUUGCCUUUGUCAAAUUGGCACAAACUUCCUAUCACCAAAUUUGUAUUGUCUAUUUCUUAUCAAUGUAUCCUUUUCUAUUGUACUUCUCCUCUUCCCACGAUGCAGACUUUCGGUCGAUACCUUCGUUGCGUUUGUUAUUUUUCUCACGCUCUCCCAUAGCGGCGUGUGUUACAUAAUUCGGGAAAGGCUAUGGCAAUGUCAUUUAUCAUUACCUCAAGCUGCUCUAAUGCUCUCAGUUUUUGCCUCAUGUGUCAUGCUCUAAAUUCAGGCUAGGAUCAUUUUUAAGGCAUUUCAUGGGUCUUCCAGCUCCUCAAGUCUUUCGUGAUUGUACAAAGCAACAUCGAAUACUGUAAAAUGUCGGGUUUUAUUGUCAUUGGUCAGGUCAGCCUGGAAAAUUGUGUAAAACUUUCGGAAAUGUUGAGAUUUUCUUUGUGUGGCGGAGAACUAACUUACCCACAUAUUCUGGCGAGGGUCUGAGAUUACUCUCUUAUGACCCCGGCUAGUACAUUAGCUACCAGCUUCAUCUGAUGAGCUGAGCCAUACAACAUUUUCCUCAAGUUGGGCUCUCCAACCACUCUGGCUUCCCCCGGAACAUCUAGUGAGUGACAGCGAUCAAUAGGUGCGCUAAUGUCUCCGGGACCAGACUGCAAUGCAGGCAGGAAGGGUCCCUUUUGUGAUCUAGCCUCCAGAAGUAUGUGCCUAUGGGGCAGUACUCUGCGCAUCUGCGCCACGAGACUCUGCUGUCUGCAGUCUAACCCCCACCAUGGGUCUUGUUUGAUAGGAGAAGGCAAAUUUCAAAAGACGCCUCUCACGGUCGUGUCGUCUGCCCAGAGCCUCUACCACUUCGUCCUGAAAUGGUCUGCCAGCCAGUUCUUAAUUACCAAAUAGGUAAUUGGUACUUCUGGCUGAGGCUGGACAGCCCCGGUUUUCGCCAGAAUGUUCGGUUUCUCAUGGCCACUGACGUUGACGUGACCUGGGAUCCACUGCACUGUCACCCGGCCUCCUAGUUCACCGCUCUUGCACACGUCAUCAAUGAUGGCGUCAACUAGAUGAGUGGUACCUGAUCUCUUUCCCAAGAUCUCGAGAGCAGAUUGUGGCGGAGAACGAACUGCCUCUUUUAUUAACUGUGAUUUAUUGUUUUUAAUUCAUUUCUUUAAAAUGUUGCAUCAUGAAGCAACACCCCCCCCCAAACACCACUUUCUCCAUUUUCAACCCCCCAAGUUACGCCACCGGGCUGAGUAUUAAUAGGCUAAACCCGUUUGUUGUUAUUUCAGAAAAGACGAUUUGUCGGUGAGAAGACGGGUCAAUGCCUGCAGGCCGACACCAGGACCAGGUCUGUCAUACUGACCCAGUGCUCCACACAAGCAGAGACGCAGAAGUGGAGCUUCACUACGAGAAUACAAAGGCAAAAGAUGAUGAGACACAAGGGCGUAUCUAUAGACUGGGGGGUAUAAGUCUGAGAGGAUUAAUUUUUUAUUUAUUGUAUUAUUUAGUGUUGUGAUGUUUUUGGCCCCGGGGUGUGGUUUGGGGGGGGGGGUAGCCUGUGAGAUGAAUUUGGUGGAAGAUCACGGUCUGUGAUGUUUUGUUUUGUUACAUAUUUGGUUUUUUUUAGUGUUAAAAAUGCGGGUAACAUUAUGUGGUCCAAUUGUGUGGUCCCAUUGUGUGAUCCGACUGUGCGGUCCAACUGUGUGGUCUGACUGUGCGGUCCCACUUUGUGGUCUCACUGUGCGGUCCGACUAUGUGGUCUCACUGUACGAACCGACUGUGUGGUCCGAUUGUGUGAUCGGACUGUGCGGUCCGACUGUGUCGUCCGGCUGUGAGAUCCAACUGUGCAGUACAAAUGUUCCGUUCUUCUGUGUGGUCCAGGCCCAACUCUGCGGUUUAACUCUGCGGUCUAGCUGUGUUGUCCAAAUCUGCGGUUCAACUGUGUGAUCUGAAGGUUUAUGGGUGAGCCUUUUAGAGUGGGGCACACUACUGCUUCGCCCCAUUAGGGUGCCAAGACAAGUUGGUGCAAAUUCUGUCGAAUCGGCAAACGCGCAUUUACUCGGUGAUGAGAUUCAGCCGGUUUCCUCUGCAUGAAUGUGUGAACCAUCUUUCGGUGUAUCGCAUGUCCAAUAUAAUGAAACGGUCCUUAGGGCGGCCAACCUGACGAACGAAACGGUCCUUAGGGCGGCCAACCUGCCGUUCAACUAUUUGAAUCCCCCAAAUAAAGCACUACUAAAUAACUGACUGUAUAAUUCGUGGCUUUUGCAACAAAACAAGGCAAACUUCACACUAAUCAUACUCCUUGCAGCCUUAGAUAAUUAUUGCUGACCACUUGAUAGUCUACACAUGUCGUGUAUUUGUUGACGUGAGUGAACUACUCUUGGAAUAUUUCAACUUUUUUUUUUUUUCUAAUGUGAGGGACUUUUUAUUUUUGUCCCACGAGAAUUUUAAAAAAAAAUGGAUGUGUUGCCUGACUUAAAAUGAGAUCACGUGAUUGUGAACUAUAAAUAAACU